GAGAGGAGCUGGUGCCUUUCAGCUGAGGUAGAAACUGUGUGCUUGGUCAUUUAUAGUCUUAUAAAGCUAUACAUAGUAAUCUAAUCAAAUGUUACUCGUCACAUGCGCCGAAUACAACAGGUAUACAAAUACAACCUUGCAGUGAAAUGCCGAAUACAACAGGUAUACAAAUACAACCUUGCAGUGAAAUGCCGAAUACAACAGGUAUACAAAUACAACCUUGCAGUGAAAUGCCGAAUACAACAGGUAUACAAAUACAACCUUGCAGUGAAAUGCCGAAUACAACAGGUAUACAAAUACAACCUUGCAGUGAAAUGCCGAAAACAACAAGUAUACAAAUACAACCUUGCAGUGAAAUGCCGAAUACAACAAGUAUACAAAUACAACCUUGCAGUGAAAUGCCGAAAACAACAGGUAUACAAAUACAACCUUGCAGUGAAAUGCCGAAUACAACAGGUAUACAAAUACAACCUUGCAGUGAAAUGCCGAAAACAACAGGUAUACAAAUACAACCUUGCAGUGAAAUGCCGAAUACAACAGGUAUACAAAUACAACCUUGCAGUGAAAUGCCGAAAACAACAAGUAUACAAAUACAACCUUGCAGUGAAAUGCCGAAUACAACAAGUAUACAAAUACAACCUUGCAGUGAAAUGCCGAAAACAACAGGUAUACAAAUACAACCUUGCAGUGAAAUGCCGAAAACAACAAGUAUACAAAUACAACCUUGCAGUGAAAUGCCGAAUACAACAGGUAUACAAAUACAACCUUGCAGUGAAAUGCCGAAUACAACAAGUAUACAAAUACAACCUUGCAGUGAAAUGCCGAAUACAACAAGUAUACAAAUACAACCUUGCAGUGAAAUGCCGAAUACAACAAGUAUACAAAUACAACCUUGCAGUGAAAUGCCGAAAACAACAGGUAUACAAAUACAACCUUGCAGUGAAAUGCCGAAUACAACAAGUAUACAAAUACAACCUUGCAGUGAAAUGCCGAAUACAACAGGUAUACAAAUACAACCUUGCAGUGAAAUGCCGAAAACAACAAGUAUACAAAUACAACCUUGCAGUGAAAUGCCGAAUACAACAAGUAUACAAAUACAACCUUGCAGUGAAAUGCCGAAUACAACAGGUAUACAAAUACAACCUUGCAGUGAAAUGCCGAAUACAACAGGUAUACAAAUACAACCUUGCAGUGAAAUGCCGAAUACAACAGGUAUACAAAUACAACCUUGCAGUGAAAUGCCGAAUACAACAGGUAUACAAAUACAACCUUGCAGUGAAAUGCCGAAUACAACAAGUAUACAAAUACAACCUUGCAGUGAAAUGCCGAAAACAACAGGUAUACAAAUACAACAGGUAUACAAAUACAACAAGUAUACAAAUACAACAGGUAUACAAAUACAACAGGUAUACAAAUACAACAGGUAUACAAAUACAACAGGUAUACAAAUACAACCUUGCAGUGAAAUGCCGAAUACAACAGGUAUACAAAUACAACAGGUAUACAAAUACAACAGGUAUACAAAUACAACCUUGCAGUGAAAUGCCGAAUACAACAGGUAUACAAAUACAACAGGUAUACAAAUACAACCUUGCAGUGAAAUGCCGAAAACAACAGGUAUACAAAUACAACCUUGCAGUGAAAUACCGAAUACAACAGGUAUACAAAUACAACAGGUAUACAAAUACAACAGGUAUACAAAUACAACAGGUAUACAAAUACAACCUUGCAGUGAAAUGCCGAAAACAACAGGUAUACAAAUACAACCUUGCAGUGAAAUGCCGAAAACAACAGGUAUACAAAUACAACCUUGCAGUGAAAUGCCGAAUACAACAGGUAUACAAAUACAACCUUGCAGUGAAAUGCUUAGUAAAAAGUACAAGACAAAAUGUAACUGACACGUUUCCCUAG